AGGUAAAAGAAUUGUUUUGAUGUCAUUUUAUAUGAACAAUUAAACGCAAUUAUACGGAUAAACAUAUACACAAUGUUACAAUGUAAGCCAUGUAGUGUUCAAUUAUAUAGAUUGCAAAUGGAUUUUCCAGUACAGAAAGAUUCUGCGAGACCAUCAAAUAAUGAUCAACAAGGAAACGCAGAGGAAGAGAAUGAAGACACGCAUCUGGAUAUUAAGAUCGAGAGCCAGGAUAUUGCUAUUGAUAAUAUAAAAGUCGAACGAUGGGAUUCGGGAUUCAAUAUCGUUAAUGUUUUCGUUGACGAAUCAGAAACACUUCAGACUUCAGAGGAACAAGCUAUAUUAUCGAAUGACGAUCCUCUCGCAGCUCCAACUAUCGUAUCAAAAAGAGAGGAAAAGACUGAAAAGAAAAUCAACGGUUUUUUUAAAUCGUGUAUUAGUAUAAGAAGCACUCAACCUAGCUUGUGCUUGACUGUACUAGAACCAUGUCCAAGAAGUUGUUACUUAAAGUUGACACCAAAUGAUAUGAAACAUAAUUUUGACUCUUAUUGGCACAAUUCAACAUUUAGUUCAAGAUACGAAUUUAUAUAUGAGAUGACAGAAAUUAUACCAACCAGGCAUCGUUUCAUAAAUCGUAUAAAUUGUAAAUAUCAAAAGUACCAAAGUAUUUUCUAUCUCAGUAGCAAGAACGGACGUGUAAUAGUUUGCAAACUCUGUUUUCUCCGUACUAUUUGUGAACAGGAUUGUUUAAUCGACGCAAUUUUGGAUUCCAGACUUGCGAAGAUGAAUGAAUUAACUCGGCAUCCUCAUCACCUUCCGUGGUCUCCACUACCUCCAUGUGAAGACCACUGUCACUUGAAAUUGACUGAAUACGAUCAACGUCACAAUUUUUUCGCCUACCAUGGGGCAAAAACGUUUGAAGAAAAAGCUAGUUUCAUACAAAACAAAAUUACCAUAACGUUGCCAAGCGAAAACCUUGAUCCGACGGUUGCUUUUAAUCCGAAAGAUGUAUAUUUUACCACUUUCGCCCUUAAUUCGAAAAAAGGUCCACAGACGGUUUGUCAUCAAUGUUUCCGAACCGUAAUAGACGAAAAGGAAGCUUUCAUUCAGUCAGUUUUGCACAGCAAGUGGUUGGCAUCUGUGGGUAAAUCAGGCGUGGAUAAAUCAGUCGUGUAUAAAUCAGCUGUGGAUAAAUCAGCUGUGGAUAAAUCAGCUGUGGAUAAAUCAGAUGUGGAUAAAUCAGCCGUGGAUAAAUUAUCUGUGGAUAAAUUAUCUGUGGAUAAAUCAACUGUGGAUAAAUCAGCUGUUGAUAAAUCAGCUGUAAAUAAAUUAUCUGUGGAUAAAUCAGCCGUGGGUAAAUCCGCUGUGGGCAAAUCAGCUGUACAUAAAUUGACUUUAGCCAAGUUAGCUGAUCGGGUUUCUACCAAUAAUUUAAAUAAGAAAACUACAGUAAAACUACCUGAUACCAACUGGGAGAAUACAGUGCAAGUACAAAAGCACAUAAAAAAAUUCCCAAUUUGUGAAGGGUAUCACUACCCUGGGCAUAGCUCUGGCAGUUAUCUACCAAUGGGAUUGACACUUGAAACCAUGUAUAAGCUUUAUAAAAGUGCAGUUUAUAAACCAGUUGGCUUUAGUCUCUAUCAUCUCAUCUUUCGACGAACCAACUUGAAAUUUCGUCCAGUCUUUCUCGGCCAAUGCAAAGAAUGUGAAUCAAGUAUCACGAAAUUAAAAUCUGCGAAUCUUGAAAAAAGACGUAAGACGCAGAAACUUCUGGGGCUUCACAUUGCAGAAGUCGAAGGAGCUAAUGAUUCAAAGUAUCGAGAUGAAUCAGCAGCGGAUAGCUCCAACGGCGUGCUGAUGGUUUGCUAUUUCGGUUAUCAGCAAAGUUUGCCAACUCCCUGUCUCAAGGAACCCCUUGCUUUUUAUAAGCGUCCACUUUGGACCUACAAUUUUGUAAUUCAACAACAUUCGGGCCAAAAAACACCAGAGGGAAAUACUAGAUUUUAUAUGUGGGAUGAAUCUAAAGGCGGAAAGACUGCAAACGAAAUGGCGUCCUGUUUAUAUAGCUACCUCCAAAGUUUGGAUAGCAAUGUGAGAUCUGUGAUUUUUUGUUCCAGUGCUGCUUGUGAACUAAGUAGAAGCAAGACAGUUUCGUUGAUGUUUACUUAUUUUAUGCUUUCUGAGCAAAAACUUGUGACGGUGGAACACAAGUUUUUACCUGAGGGGCACUUUCAAAUUGAGGGGCAGAAGUUUUACAAUUGUGAAAAGUAUCGUGGAAAAAUUGAGGAACCGCAAGAUUGGUAUCAAGCGUUUAGACAGCCUGUCGAAUCGGGAGAAAAGGCUCAAGUUAUAACCAUGACUGAACAAAGGUUUUACAACUUUGAGUUUCUUUGGAAAAAUUAUGCACCAUUGAGCGAACCUCUUAUCGACCAAACAGUGACGCGUUUACUGUAUACCAGAAAUGGAGUGGUUUGUUAUGCGAAUGGUUGGUCUACUCAUGAUGAGUUUGCACUUUAUACAUUUUCAGGUCAACUGAAACAUUCGAAUCUCAAACGCAGAAGACUUGAAAAUCUUGUCAACGCGCCUAUAACAGAGACCAAAAAGCAGGAUCUUUUGGGUCUAGUGUCGCUGUUGUCGAGUUCGAAAGCGAAAAGUUUUUAUUUAGAUUUAUGUAGAGUGAAAAAUCCAGGCGAGAAAACUGUCGUCGUUAAUGAGAGAGUGGAUCUGAAUAAGGAAAACCAAAGAGAUGAUAACGAAGAAGAUUCGGAGCCACCUCAGAAGAUGCACAAGAAAAUUUCGUGUGAAACUAAUUUUGAUGAAUUUCCAUUAGACAUAAAAGACGAAUCGAUUGAGUGAAUAUAAAAAAAUGAAUGCACAAUAUUGUGGAAUUCAAAGGACAUUAUUAGAACAAUAGAGAGCGAAGGUAGUGAACGACAGUCGGGUUAAUUGUACAUAAUGAUGUAAAUACAUAGUAAAGUUAUUUUUUUCAGAGACUAUUAUUAAAGAUAUUUUUUUUUAAAUAUGCUUUUCUUCUUCUCACAUAAGUAUUAUUAAAUGCAUAAGGCACAAGCAAAUUAUAAUUAAAUAAUCUUGUUUGUUAUGAAAAACAAAAUGUAAAUGAAAUAAAUACAUAUUUAAAAAAA